AUGUCUAUCUACCUCUGGUGUCGAGGGACUGCCACUCAGUGGGCCCAAAUUUAUCGACCGACAAUUUACCGCUUAAGGCCCUCAGGAGCCGACACCGAGCAGACUGCACCAUCUGUACCCGUGCUGACCUCUUCUGAGGCAGUUAUAUUCAUGAUCCCCAGGAGCCUCUCUACCCCAUGCAGCAAGCAGUGCCCGUUUAGCGUGACGGGUGUUUAUUUUUACCCGACAACACCACAAACUGUCGGACCAUUCUCUGGCCUCCACUUCCUCCGUCCAUCCUUAACCACCAACGAUGGCGACCGCAACAACGGUGACAAUAAUCAGCUCACCAUCUUCCCCGUUCAUGUUGCCAGGAAUGAGCUCUGCAGACUCGUCUCGUGUGAGUCCCCUCGGGCCAAGCGUAGGAUGCUCACAAAGUCCUAUUCUUUACCCCUGUGGAAGAGGAAGCCCACCCAAUUUUCCGACUCUGAGGCAGACGAGUCGCCUUCGACUUUCAACAACGUUGAAGAGACCCGUGUUGUCCUCAAAGUUCCACUACCAACGGGAGCUAGGAGGCGGAGGGCCGCAAGCCUCGACACCGGCUCCUCUUCCUCAGCCUUCGGGAGUGUGAAGCUUUCGUCGUCGCUUCCAGAUGCCUCUCCCAUUGCCAGUGGCUUGCAGACCUCCACCUUCGCCAUAACGGUCGACGAAGUCGACAGACGGCACCGAUCCCAGAAUCACACUGGGAGAAGUGCAUCAUUCUCCGAGUCCUCUUCCCCGGUCUCGCCUUCUGGACCGCGGUACCCUCACGACCGGUCCCACGAGCGAGACACCUCCUACGAAUCGGUUUCUUCUUCAAACUCGGAGGACCUGACACCGGAGACCAUUGACAGUCGGAGGAGGCUGAGGUCAUCACCUAUCGAAGAAGAAGAUGAAACUCAACUAUUUCCUCUCCCCUCUCCUCGUCGUUCUCCCAGCGGCAGCGGCGCAUCGUCACCAGCCGCCUCGCCCAAGCCAACCCCGGUUCCUAGCCCCAAUGCGUCGACCUCUUGUCUCGACAAACCUGCGUCAUCUUCCAAGGAGAGCAUCAACUCGGCGACGGGAAGUUCAGAAGAUGGGGUCCUGAAACACUCGCUGUCAAGGAAAACGCCAGAUGGAUUGCUCUCCCCAUCUCUAUCCUCCACCAUCACCGUUGACGCUCCUCGCCCACCGCGUCCCACACUCCCUCGCACACAUGAAAGGAAGGUAUCCCUACCCACCCCUGUCUCUCCCAAAGGGCCGAGACCCCCACUCUCCUUGUCCCUGCCUAUGCCCACCAAGCAACCCAAUACACCUUCAUCCGCGCGUGAUACUCCACUUACACCACCACCCAGUUCACUCGCUCAUACCCCCAAGCGUCCUGAAGAACCGGAACAAACACGUCACGAGCGCCGGGGAAGCGAUGCCGGACGGACAGCUGAAAGACGCCAGUGGGACGUCUGGGGGUCUUUGCUUACCCUCUCUUCCGGAGUUGUUCGGAUUUGA